AUGGUUCAACUCAUCAAUUCCCUUCUUCUUCUUCUUCUCCUACUACUGCCCUCCAUCCACUUGUUCUCAUCGGCGGAAGCAGUCUACGUCGACGUCGUAGACUUCGGCGCUAAACCAGAUGGCAAGACGGAUUCGACCAAAUCAUUCCUCAGUGCAUGGGAUGCUGCCUGCGGCUCGACGGGACCUGCGACCAUCCUUGUACCCGCUGGCUUCUUCUUGGUGGGUCACCUCGCUUUCUACGGUCCCUGUAAGAGCAGCAACAUCACUCUCCAGAACGAUGGCACCCUCGUUGCACCGUCCGAUUACGCCAACUUUGGAAAGGUUAAGCAGUGGAUGAUGUUUGAUCGAGUCCAGGGUCUCUCGGUGUACGGCGGGACCAUCGAUGGCCGUGGCUCAUCUCUCUGGGCCUGCAAGACUUCCGGUGGGAACUGCCCCCAAGGUUCAACGUCGUUAACGUUCAGGAACUCGAAGGACGUCAUGAUCAAAGGCCUGAGUUCGAUCGACAGCGAGCUGUACCACAUCGUGAUCGAAGGCUGCCAGGGGGUGACGGUGCAAGGCGUCAAGGUCAGGGCUCCGGGAAACAGCCCGAACACCGAUGGCAUCCACGUCCAGGGAUCCACCGACGUGACGAUUACCGGGACCAGCAUCGGGACCGGCGAUGACUGCGUCUCGGUCGGCCCCGGCACGGCGGGCCUAUGGAUCGAGCAGGUCGCCUGCGGGCCCGGCCACGGCAUAAGCAUUGGGAGCCUGGGGAAGUCGUACGACGAGAAGGGGGUGGAGAACGUGACGGUGAGGACGACGGUGUUCGCCGGGACGCAGAACGGGCUGCGGAUAAAGACGUGGGGGAGGCCGAGCAAGGGGUUCGUCAAGGAUGUGUUGUUCCAAAACGCCGUGAUGCAUAAUGUCAAACACCCCGUCAUCAUUGAUCAGUAUUACUGCCCCCACCACAUAGAUUGCCCUGGCCAGGAUUCUGGAGUAAAGAUUAGCCAGGUGACUUACAGUAAUAUCCGGGGAUCAUCUGCGUCACAAGUGGCGGUAACUUUUAACUGCAGCAGCACCAACCCAUGCACCGGAAUAAGGCUGGAAGAGAUAGACCUUACCCAUGGAAAUGAGCCGGCGAAGUCAUCUUGUGAAUGUGCUGAAGGCACUGCCUCUGGCUUUGUCGAGCCUCCAAGUUUCUACAGUGUACUUAAUUAUGGAGCCAAAGCUGAUGGAAAGACGGACUCGGCCCAGCCACUCCUCAAAGCUUGGGCGGCGGCGUGCCGGUCAUCUUCUCCGGCGACCAUCCAUGUGCCUGCAGGGAGUUUCCUAGUAAGCCAAGCCAUCUUCCAUGGCCCAUGCAAGAACACUGCGAUCAAGUUUUCGAUCCAUGGGACGAUCGUCUCGCCUUCAUACUACGGCAAGUCAGAUGCUUCAGGGAAAUGGAUUGCCUUUAAUAACGUCGAAGGCGUCACGAUUCGCGGCGGGAACCUCGACGCAAGAGGUGGAGCUUUGUGGACCUGCAAAUUUGAUGGCCGGAGCUGCCCAACCGGUGCACCUUCGCUGAUUGUCAGCAACUCGAAGAACAUCGCGAUCGACGGCGUAACGUCGAUCAACAGCGAGCUGUUCCACAUUGUGAUCCUUGGUUGCCAAGGAGUGAGGAUUCGAGGUGUUCACAUCCUGGCAUCAGAAAACAGCCCGAAUACUGACGGCAUCCAUGUUCAGAUGUCCACCGGCGUGAGCAUCGUUCAGGCCAACAUCAGGACCGGCGAUGACUGCAUCUCCAUCGGACCGGGCACCUCCCACCUUUGGAUUGAACGUGUGUUCUGCGGACCAGGGCAUGGCAUCAGCAUUGGGAGCUUAGGCAAGUUGGGGGAGGGACUUCAGGUGGAGGGUGUGCAAAAUAUAACGGUAAAAUCCGUCAUGUUUGCGAACACUCAAAACGGAUUUAGGAUUAAGACUUGGGGAACAAAUGCUCGUGGCUACGUUAAAGAAGUCGUCUUUGUAGACGCAGUGAUGCGAAAUGUCCAAAACCCUAUCAUCAUCGACCAGAACUAUUGCCCUGGAAACCACAAUUGCCCUGGACAGAAUUCGGGCAUUGAGAUCAGUCAUGUGAAGUACAAGAACAUUCGAGGGACAUCCGCAACAAAAGUGGCUGUGAAUUUCAACUGUAGUCCAAGGAAUCCAUGCAAUGGAAUUCGAUUGAAAGACAUUAAGCUCAUGUAUCAAAAUCAAUGGGCGCGGUGUUAUUGCAAGCAUGCUUAUGGAAUUGCUACUGGUUCUCGCCAGCUCCUGCUCUUUGUCCCACGAAACAGCUCUCAAACCCCAUUAAAACCUCUCUCCAUCUCUCUGCCGUCUCCCGCUGUUUCUCCACCACCCAAAUCUCACUGUCUCUCUCUGAGAGGGUUGGAAAUGGAGGAAGGGGAGGAGGUGAGGAACAAGCAGGUGGUGAUGAAGGGAUUCAUCGCGGGAGCUCCGAAGGAGACGGACAUGGAGCUGAGAGAGGGGAAGGCCAGGCUGAGGGCUCCCAAGGGUUCGGGUGCCAUCCUCGUGAAGAACCUCUACCUCUCCUGCGACCCCUACAUGAGAGGAAGGAUGAGGGAGAACUACGAUUCCUACAUCCCUCCCUUCCAGCCCGGUUCGGUGAUAGAGGGCUUCGGGGUGUCCAAAGUUGUGGAUUCCGAUAAUCCGGGAUUCAGCGCGGGGGAGUUGGUCUCAGGGCUAACUGGUUGGGAAGAGUACAGUUUAAUUUCGAAGACUGAGCAGCUGAGGAAGAUUCAAAUCAAAGAUAUCCCUCUCUCAUAUCAUGUGGGUCUCCUUGGUAUGCCAGGUUUUACAGCUUAUGCUGGAUUCUAUGAGAUCUGUUCUCCAAAGUUUGGGGAGUAUGUCUUUGUGUCUGCUGCAUCAGGAGCAGUUGGCCAGCUUGUUGGUCAGCUUGCAAAGCUAUAUGGCUGUUAUGUUGUUGGAAGUGCAGGCACGAGGCAAAAGGUUGAUCUUCUGAAGAACAAACUAGGAUUUGAUGAAGCUUUCAAUUACAAAGAGGAAUCUGACUUGAACAUAGCUCUGAAAAGGUGUUUUCCCAAGGGCAUCGAUAUCUACUUUGAUAACGUCGGUGGCCCAAUGCUCGACGCGGCGCUCCUCAACAUGAGACCACAUGGCCGAAUUGCUGUGUGUGGAAUGGUCUCUCAGCAUGGAGUCUCCGAUCCUCAGGGAAUCCGUAACCUGCAUUGUCUUGUAUCAAAGAGCAUCAGGAUGCAGGGUUUCCUUCAGCACGACUAUCUGCACUUGUUUCCUCAGUUCUUGGAUCAUAUAGUUAGUUAUUACAAACAAGGGAAGAUUGUUUACAUGGAAGACAUGAGUGAAGGACUUGAGAGUGCUCCAAAUUCAUUCGUUGGCCUAUUCACUGGUAAAAAUGUAGGCAAGCAGGUAGUAUGGGUCUCCAAAGAGUAAUUUUCUUUUACAUGCUUGGCCUUUUAUGUUCUUGUAUGCAAUUCUUAUAAACUUCCCAAAUUCUCUUGUUAAUUUUUGCUGAACUGUUUGUGAAACAUCAGGAGAAGCAUAUGCUGUUUGUUAGGCUAUGAAGCCAAAUAUAUAAGUAAAGGACAGACCCUAUAUUCCUCACAAGCAGCACA